AUAUAAAAAAAGUUUAGUCCACUAAAAUUAUUUACACUAAUUGCCAAUGCAACGAAAAUAAAACAAUAGGUACCUAUCCUAUCACUUCGCGUAGGUAUUCCCGAUUCCCGAUCCCGUACGAUAACGCACGGACGCGGACGCAGGUCAGCCUUGAACUAACUAAAUAAAUAAAUAUUGCAUUUAUUUUGUAAAUCGCAAAAUCAUUUUUUUACCUUUCUUUUCUAUCUUGAUCCUAAAAGCAAUAACUUUAUGACCGAAAUUAGUUUGCAUUGUUUACUAAAACCAACUAGACAAAGUACUUUACAAAAGAAAACCAGUUUAAUACUUGCAAUGUUCACAUACCGCAUUACGACUUUAAGCCCUACGCACCAGUAAUAGAGAUCCUUUUGUACUGACGUAUAUCAGUUUAUAAUGGUCAAACACUUAUUUUGGGUAGCGAGAAAGUGCGACAGAACAUUCUAAGUAGUGAGGUGCGAAAGAGAUGUCUAGAUUUUCCGAUGAGACACCGUGACGCCAGCCGCUCAACGCUGUGUCCGAGAACGACACAGAUACAAAAUGACAACGAUUGAAUGAGUUGUUAAAGAUAUAAAUGAUACACUGAUACAUUCAGAUUUGAACUGAUACAAAGAGUGAGUGAUCAGAACGGAAAGAUACAUAUCAUUUUUAUCUAUCACUCCUGACUUACCCAUCUCUAUGUGACUCAUUAUAGCUUCAUUGUCAAGCCAUCAAUAUUAAAAAAUAAUGUCAAGAAAUAUAGUUUUUGAAGGGUGGUUAACAAAGUCUCCACCAAACAGGCGUAUUUGGCGAACGGUGAGCUCAACUUUAGCUUGGCAUUUUGCUUUUGUUGACAGAAGAUGGCGCAGACGCUGGUUUGCCUUGCGGCAAUCUGGCGAGCUCCCUGGCCAGUAUUUUUUAGAUUACUAUGCCGAUCGGAACUGCCGUCGUCUCAAGGGCACAAUCGAUCUGGACCUUUGUGAACAAGUCGAUGCUGGUCUUCAUAUGGAACGGCACGGACAAGCUCCUUUCAACCCUAGUAUCCGAGGAUCUGUCUUCACAAUCCAAACUCAGCGAAGAACAUAUCACUUAGAGGCUGAUUGUGAAGCAGAGAUGGAGAAGUGGGUAGAUGCAAUUUGUCGGGUCUGUGGCCUUCGUGCUACCCUCGAUGUUCCUGCUGGUGCUUCCAGACAUAAUAAUGUCAUUGAUCCAAGCAGUGUCCACUCGACCAAUAUGAGUGACAAUAGCGAGUGCCCCGAUGGUACGGGUCCUUACAUACCCAUCUCCGAGUGCAUCACGGGUGUCCGUGCUCAGGAUGAACAAAGACACUUUACGUUUGAGGAGCGGAACAUCAUAGUGAAUACUCGGGGCGAUGGUCAUCAAUAUACGAGUCAUCCUCAAAUAAGGGUGAAUGCAGAACUUUCUGAGAAUGAUUCGAAUAUGAGCGAGGACGAUGACGGCUCUUUGCACGCCAGCCACCAGAAUUUACAUUGGUCGGUGACGAAGACUUUCACUAAACUGUCUAUAGCACCCAAAAGGAAUGGUUCCGAGGAAGGACCCCCUGUCCCGCCGCGACCACCAAAGACAUUUGCUGGCAGAAGCAGGGAAACCCUGACUAAGGACCAUUUCCAGGGGCCUAAAAUACAGGAGCCCACCGAGGUAGCGCCGGAACCUCCGACUCACCAGCGGUUACGAGUACCCCGUCGCAUGUCGCAGGGCGCUCCGUCCUCUCCGCGUUCGCUCCUCAAUGCUCGCUGCCCCGAAGAAGAAGAAGAUUUCUCCCCAGUACAAGCUUCGAUGCAGUACUGCAACCUCCCUAGCUUGCCGCCGGCAGUAGACAGAGCGCUAAAGCCGCGUCACUCUAGCCAUAGCAUAGGACAGUACAACUCAUACGUGGGCCAGGGUACCCUGAGAAUCGGUAAUGUAGAUGACAUCAAGCAAGACGCUCUACAAUAUUUGGACCUGGAUUUACACCCUUCGAAACCGACACCAACGAAGGAGCGCCCAGAGCCGCGCAAUAGGUCCGAGAUUUCACAUGGUAAGAGCUUGUCCUCGGUUGACACAGAUGCGUACAAAACCGUCGACUUCCUCAAGACUGAAGCAUUCAACAUCACCCGCCAGGACGCCGAAGCAUCGAGGAGUUUCCAAUACUAGCAUCCGCCUUCUCCCAAAGCAUCGAAGUCAUCCUGGUUUCAAUGCUUCUGUUGGGGAAAAUAGACACAUUAUAACAAAAUAACAAUAGUGACGUGUUCAGUGCCCAGUGUCCAGUGGAAAGUAAAGUAAGUCGCAUUUAUGAAAUUUGAAGAAAAAGACUUUUGAAAAGCUUUAACCGACUUUAAUAAGCUUUAAAAGUUACAUGAUUGUUUAAGCCGGUAAGGACGGCCGAGUUCAUAGAAUAAAACAAUAUAUUAUAUAUAGCAAUAAGAACAGUAUUCUUGUAAAUUUGUCUGUAAAGCACAUCACCUUUGCAUUUCAAGUAGAUAGUUUUAUGUUAGCUUCAAUUUCUCAAUACAUUUUGCAAUGCAGCGAUAUUAUGUUGCAAACUAUUGUAGUUCUGUCAUAUUUUUCUUAUAAUUAGGACGAUGAACAGAUUAUUUUGUGUUCAAUUAAUAGGUAUAUACCUAAUACUUUAAAUAUUUAUUACCCACAGUUUAUUUCAAUAUAAGUAUUGUAUAUGUACUUAAUAGCGUUAAUUAAUUAUAAUUUUCGCUUUAUGCAUGACACGGCUUUUUCGUUAGCGGAUAAGGCAGUAUAUUUGAUGUUACCAAUAUAUAAUUAGUACAUUAAUGGAAAGCAUACAUUACAUGCUAUUUAAAAUGUUGUAUUUAGGGCUUAAAAAAAGAGUAAUCUUUAGUAUGGAUUGUAUUUACAACUUUUAUAUUGGGUCCUGAUGAACGAGUAAGUAAUACCACUAUAUGCGUUUAUAGGGUAUAUUAAAUAAUAAAAUAGGUUCACACAAAAAAUUAAAUUAAAAAAGGAUAUACCUUAUCGGCGGUAAUGAAACCAUAGCGCAUCUCGAUCCCAACGCCAUGUAUCGAGCCUUGGGGCAACAUUUGCGCAAUUUUAAUUUAACUCAAGUAUAAAUUCUAUUGAUCACUUCGAGCUCAACUCGGCUUCGAGUACAACCCCGAACAUACCGCCCACCAGGAACAUUUUGCAUAAUGUCCUUCUACGCCGCCCACCGUGCACAAUAAAUUUGAGGCUGAUGUAGUACAAAUAACAAGCAAAAUAAUAUUUUCAAUAGCCAAAUAAGAAAUAACUACAACUUACCCAUACUUCCAGGUAUUAAUAACAACAAAUGACAUUAAACUAAAUCUUAAUAAAGUACACUUUCUGACAUUCUACAGAGCUUACAACUAAUUUGCUACAGGCAAUACACAUGAUUUAGAUGUAGGUCUUCAUGGUUUGCUGAUUAAGUACGGAUUGUGACUACACGAGUAAUACCGUCUGUCCAGGGAUGUUUUUGCAAGAUCCUAUCCAACAUCCACUUGCCGGGAAGCAUAUUAUCCUCCUGUUUCCCCUGAAACUCCUAAUACUAUAAAGGGGAGAUUUUUUUAAAUUUAUCCUUUUCAAAUUGUUUGAAAGUAAGAUACACGACUUUAUCCUUUAGUUUUCUAAUUUCUGAAAAUCCCAAAAAUGUUUUAUUACUGAUACUAAAAUCCAUACAGUUCUUAUUCAAUAACAGCGAUUGCAUUAGUUAAAGAGAUUUUCCGGUCAAAUGAAGUUUCCCAGUCAAGGCUACACGGCCUUUUCUAAGAUCCUUCCAUUGCGGUAUCUUAUUAACGUCAAAGAAAGCCUUAUAAUCACCGUCAGACAUUGAUGUUGCAUUAACGUGAGAAAUUUUUAUCUUCCUCGGUGUGUGGAUCUAUAAACAUCCUCACAACUCGAAACUUUUCUGGAGAAAGAUCGCACCCCUCCCGCAACUUCCCAAUGUUUAAAACAGAAGCUCUACAUUUCAAGUCGUAAAACUUCUUAUGGACAUCCAUGACGAUGACUGAUGAGAAUCUCCAAUACUCGAUUAUCUCUCUAGCACUGUUCCAAAUUACACCGUCCGGGCUAAGUCCGGAUACGAAAUUCGGUUUAAACUACGGUUUAAGAUACGAAAAAAAAACUUCCUAUACAAAGGAAGUUUUUUUUCCCACAAUGCCAUUACAGACUUCGGUUCUCCACGCAAUUUGAUAACAAUUAGACAUUUUAAUAUUUUGCAAAAGCUGCUUAGCCUCUUCAGUCAGAUGUCUUAAAAUUAGACUUAGCUUUUAACAUUUAAGCUCUUAAUGUCCACUUGCAGAUCGCUAAAGGUUUCCAUUUUGUUAAGAUAAAAUGCAAACAAUUAUUUUCAUAACAAAGUAACAAAUGAUUUGAAAGUUGGAAAGUUGGGACCGAAAUUGUGGCAUAGGUUCCCUGUCGAAACCACUUUUACUAAAAACGUUUCAUAAUUAGAGACAACGAUUUGACAUUUCGAGUGUUGCAAGUUUUUUCCAUUUCAUAAAUAGUGAAGUCCCGCGACCGGUAUUGACCGAAAGACCGGAAUUAAAUUCUGGACUUCGUGCAUUUUAAAAGCUUUAUUAUUUUUAGCUACUUUCCCUGGUACCUUCCGGUGCCCAUACUAACUCAGUCGGGUUAAAAUCACAAUGGUAAGGAGGCAACCGUGAAAUAGUGAACCCCCUUUUAGCCGCCAUCAGUCCACGACGUAUCGUUCAUAAAAUACUCUUCUCUUUCCGGGAAAUCUCCAACAGCUCGGCUUUCAGCAUUGGUUCCUCAAAUAUAAUGUUUUUCUUUUAGCCAGUCUUGGAUUUCGCAUUUUUAUUUUAAAUUAUUAUUAUUAAUUCGACUAAACUAAAAAACAUCAUCGCAACGUUGUUUUAUUUUGCUCAGGGUAUUUUAUAAAAAAAACGGUAUCGGUAUUUUAUUUAAAACAUCGUACUCGAGCCCAUCACUAUGUUAAAAAAUCUGGCCCCAUUAUUUUGUAGUUUGACAUUUGUUGUUGUCUCUAAUUAUGGAACGAACUACAAGACAAGUUCUAAACUACUUCUAACUACGAUUGUAAAAUUUCAAAUUUUAAAAGUCCAAUAUAAAAAUGUUCUAUUAAUUGUUGACUUCUAUCUUCCUGAUAUUUAAUAAUUAAAAGUACUCACAGUAUUUCUUUUCAAACUCACAGCGCGAUAUUUGCACUUCACUACACUUCUCACAUUAAAUAGCGAUUUCUUGCGCCAUACACGUGGCGCCCCCUGCCGGCGCCUCACACAACGCUCACUGCUUGUAAGCAACUCACGAGUGUCGCCCCGCACUUCCCUUCCUCUGGCUGCUGCUGCUCUCGAGUCGGUUCCACCUCCAGCUCCGGGUCCCCACUGAAGGAGCUGCUCUGGACAGCGAUCCACUGCCCAGUAAUGACGCGAAGGGUGGUAAUCUCUACCACCACCGGAGCCCACCCAAAAUACUCGCGACCACUCCGGCUCGAAGGACCAUGGACCUAUAACUUUUAUAUAAAAAUUCUGAUGAACGAGGACUAGAUAAUACCACUAUAUGCGAGUUUAUAGGGUAUAUGACAGAACAACCUAACACAAAAACAAAAAAAUAAAUUAAAAAGGGUAUAUUAUCGGUGGUAACGAAACCAUAGCGCGAUCUAUCCAGCCUUGGGACAACAUUUACGGAAUUUUAAAUUAAACUCGAGUAUAAAUAUGGCAGUUUCCAGCUAGUCGAAUUCAAUACUUUUAUCCAAAUUUCGAAAACGAUACUUUUCUAUGAAAUUUGUGUGAAAUACUGAGUUUGUAUUAGAGUAGAGUAAUACGUCAUAAUAUUUUUGAGUCAAAUAGCAUACCUAUUUCUUAAAAAUUAACUAAAAAAUAUGUUAUUUUGCAACAUUUUAUUGUAUUGAAACGUUAAAUUAAUUUAUUUUUGACCUAAGAAACUACCCAAUUCUAUUGAUCACGCUAUGGCUUCGAGUACAACCCCGAACAUUUGUGCAUCUGAAUAAUCUGAAGUACAAAUUUGUGCUCUAUUAUUCAAGAAUUAACAAAACAAAAAAUAAGGAACCUCAUAAAGAUUGCUCUCGUGCGUUUAAAGGACCUUUUACCCUUUGUAUUAUAUUAUGUAGGGUUAACAACUAGUCAUACAUUUCUUUCGUGCAUGUAUUUGCAACUGACAGACAGUGCAGGAGAUCUAUACUUUUCCUAAUUAAAGAAAAUGUUUAGAUUUAAUUAUAUAUUUCACGUGUCAGCGUAUAAACAUUAACCAUGUACUAUGUAUAUUUAUAUACAAUUAUUAAAAAUAAAUAUCUGAGUAUUGAUAGUUGUUAGUGUCACGACUCAUCUUGAUGUUUGAUGGAGACCAACGCGGUCAUUAGAAUAAGAUGACGUAAUCAUUCACCAGGACAUUACUUAGGUAGAAUAUCACCAAAACUUUGAUUUGAACCGUGUUUAGUAUAUAAAUUAGUAACUUAUUAAAUUUUGGGACUGGAUAUGAACUCGGUGUCUUGUGGAAAGCAAACAAGCUAUUAAAAAUGUUUCUGAUGACUUACUUAAAAUAAUGCUUAAAAUAAUUGUACUCGAUAAGCGGUCUCAAUCCGCAUCACGGUAUGUGUCGCAUAUGACAUUUGAUUAUAUGUAUGUGUAAAUUAAAUAUCAAUUUUAAUGUUCUAAGGAAUUUUCCUGUUUUAAUAAGAUAAAUAUCUUCGAACGCACAAGAAGACAAUUAUGAGGAUGUAACAGUAUUAAAAUAGGUGUUAAAUUAAUCGGCUCUGUAUUUGACGUCUCGCUGUCUAGAUAUAUAUUAUAUAUGUACACUUAGUGAAUGUAUUACAAGCAUUCUUAUACCUGUUACAGGAUAGCGAAGCACAUUUUUAACAAUUAUUGACACAAUUUUGUAGAUGUGUUUUCUCUCAAAAGCGGUCUUACCGCAUUUUUUCUCUAUUUGCCAUGACAAUUGUAAGAAUUGCAAAUGAAUAUUAAUUGUAAAGCUAUCCUUUAAUAGGUAUUUUUAACUUAUCUUUGAAAGAUCUUUUGGAAUAAGGAUUGAUUGGUCAGGGAUUAUAUGAGUUUGUGCUUAUAAGCACCGUUGCGUGUCUUCAAAGUGAGGGUAACUAAUAUCAUAUGUGUUCUAUGUCGUGGUAGAUUCUUUGCCUUUAUGUAUUUUAAUGUAUUCUGUCCAGAGUGCCUGUUCUGAAAGAAUAAGGGAAUAUUGACGUUAUCUGUAUCUGUUGCUCAUGGGGCUGAUCUCAUUCACUCUAACUGUUAUAAGUAGUAAGAUAAUUAUGUGUAUUUGUCAGCAUGUAUUAAUGCGACAUCACAAGUGGAUAUGUAGUAAAUAUUGUAUGUAAACCCCCAAAGCAACAGAUGAUAUAAACAGUUUUCCAUCGACGAGGUGACAUGUCAUUUCUAUUGCUGAUACCUGUACUUUUGUAAACAUAUACAUAUACAAUAUUGCAAAGAAUUGCUUGAUAGUACAUGUUCAAUGUAAAAUGUGCGGUACACCACGGUACUUACGAUUGUAAAUAAAUGAAUUAACAUUACAUUUACGCGACUUGUCUAGAUAAGAACGUCUGUCUAUGUAUUACAUAUUAUGGCUCCCAUAAGGUACCCUAUAUAUAAAACUAUAUAUUUCGUUUUCUUAUUACAUCUCACCUUGUCGUGAAAAACCAAAUUACGAUGAAGCGUCGGUAAAAUUCAUAAGUAAGGAUAAGAAUUAUAUUGAUGGACUGUUUGAGUGGCCUACAUAGGAAUGUUCAUGGUUAUUAUAUAAUAUAAAUAUAUAUUAUUGUAAAUUAUAUACUUGUUGACUGUUGAAUCGAAACUUCAUAAUAUAUUUAUGUAUAUAUGUAUAAAAGUAUGUAUUUCGUAUUUCUUACACACUUGUAAAACUGUUGGUUCAUAAUUGUCCGAAUAUAACUUUUGGAACUCGUAUUAAAAUUAUAUUAUGUAACGUCUAACGAUGGGUGCGAUAGUUUGGUCUCUAUUGAGGAGUAGCUAGGUUUAAAAGGAUAUUAUACACUGAAACGCAGGGGUCCAAGUAACGCGUGUGAUGGGGUCUUUCUGUAAACUCUCUCGUCUAUAGACAGUGCUUUCCACCGACUUAACUUGCCAACUAUACUUAAACUUGUUUCUAAAACUUUGAAAGAAAUAAGGAACUAUUAUCAAUGAUCAUUCCGAACUAUAUACGCCUUCAUCUGGCGGAAAUUUUACACUUUUCCAUGGUGUCUUAAGCCUGUCGGGACAAAAGAGUGAUUAGUAUAUGUAUACAUAUUAGUAUGUAUGUAUUUAUGUAUAUAUUAUACGGUUUUAUGAUAAAUGAAUGUUAUCCAGAUCAUGGAAAAUCGAUUGUUGAUGUAGUAGACAAAUUUUUAAACUCUUUCUUGAUGUUGUUAAAUGCUUGCACAGCGUUAUGUAUUAAUUUUUAUUGUUCUUAAUACUUUUUGAAUUGACGAUUGGUGAAGAACCACCGAGAAACUUGACUUUAAUGAUUGCCUACGUAAAAGGCCUAAUUUGAAAGACUUUGUUCUAGUUCAAAAAUAUUAAUGGCAAGGUUUUCCAAAAUGAUGAUUAUCUGAAAUCCAAUGACACAUUGUUUGUCUUGAUAUAUAAUAAAUGCAAUAUGUAUUGGAUGAAAUCCCCGUUCUUAUCGUUUGAGGUAAUUUUCCGCUAAAACCAAAGUACGGUUCAAUCACAUUUAUUAGAAAUCACAAUGUUAUUUAAUUCUGUUACUUGAUACCAAAAGAGCGUUAUAAAUAAAGCACACAAUUGCGUGUCUUUGUAUUUUACGAUAAAAUGUUUGUUAAUAUUGUUUUAUAUGUAUAAUUAUUUCGUGCUUUUUACCUUUAUGUACAAAAUAUUAAAUGGCUCACAUUAUUUUCAAAUAAGGUUACAAUUUAAUUAUACUUUAUUACUUUAUGGUUUAUUAUUUUAAGAAUUUGUUUUAGAUUAUAAAUUAUUUGCUUUCCUUACACAAUGUAGAUGCAAAUAAAUGUGUACGUGAAA